UGCUGAAUAGUCCCACCCAUCCCGACACCGCGGCCGAAGCGUAACCGUAGGCCUAUCUCCGGUCUUUGUUGUUGGCCACUUCGUGAUUUCGCUGAGCUGAGGAAGACUCUUGCUGUAGGCUAAUUCAUUUUAGGAUUGAGGAGAGAUGGAGGAAUUAAAUCGGAAGUUAAACUUUGACUCGAUAAGAAUUCAGUGUCAGACUGUGAAGAAAAUCACUCAGUCUAUCAAAGAAAGAAGAAUAGAACUGAUUGGCAAUGAUUUCAUUUCUGCUGCAACCCCAAAGAUUGAUGCCUUAGAACUGCUAUGGUUGAAAUGUGGGGAUGGUUCAUCUCAGAGUUCCCUGUGUGCUCAUGCCUUGAUUGAACUCUGGGAGGACAAUGUCCUACAGCAGGACUACAUCCUUCAGGGGUUCAUCAACCUCCUCCCCACAGCUAGGACUGUGCAGCCAUGCGUGGAGGCCGUUGGUAAACUACUCCUUAUGAUCGUGAAGAAGUCUCUGUACGGAGUGAUGGGCGGUGGAGAUGAGGUUGUGCCAGAAAGCCGUAACUUGUUUCACAUGAGGACGUGUCCUCAUCCUUUCAUAUCUAUGUUCAAGAGUAGACCGGAUUGUUGGUCAUCCAUUCUGGAGACCAUCUCCUCUCUGCUCUCCCAAGACGACGAUCGGUUGCAAACGGAAGUCCUUCACAUCUUUCAGCCUUUUAUUAGGUUUGCCUUGCUUGAUCCUAUCAUCGAUCCUAAACAGGGUUCUCUCAGGGUUCUACUGGUAGAAAGUCUUGCCCAAGCAUGUUCGCAGAGCCUGACACCACAGAAUGUACCUAACGAAAGCAAUGUAUUACCAGUCUUCCCCAGUGAGGUGGUGAAGUUCUUCUUGGAACUGAUGCCAUGUCUUCCAACUUCUACAAGAGAUGCAAUCACCGAAGCAGCUUACAUAGCAACAGUAACCAUAGACAUCAUUUCCAAGAAUGGCCGAUCAAUCAAUGUGUAUCUGGUAGAACAAUCAAUCUGUUAUUGCCUUUCACUGGGCCAUGAAAUGAGAGAACUAGGGAUGGGUAUGUCCCCAGUCUUACAACCCCUGGUAAGAAUUCAUCCAGAUUGUGUGAAGUUCCAGGACAGAGCAGUUACUGCCAUGAUGGCGAACUUGCUCUUGAACAGCUCUGUUCAAGAGCAGAAUUUCAUAUUGAAAUUUGCCCGGAAGAUGUUUAGAUCAUCUGAUGAUCCCACCAGGUUCAGGACUCAGAAGCUGCUGAUAUGGUCCUUGCUACAUGUCAUGGAACACUUAAAGAGCCGUUCCACCAUCGAUCUGAAGUCUCUGGAAGUUUGCGCAAGGAUGGAAAACCGUGAAAUGGUGCUGAAGCUCUUUACUGAUAUCACAGCCAGCCUAACAAUGCCCUUGAAAGAGGAAAAUUGUGAUGUGCCUGAUAAAAUGGGCCAGUUUCAUGGAGCACACCCAUGGUACAAGAAAAUGUCUGCUUUUCAAGAUAUGGCUGUUGCUGUCCUGAGUGACAUGACAACAGCCCAAACAUGGCUCCGCUGUCAACAUGCCAAGGUGCAUGAUGGGAUUGGGAAUGCAGCAAUGGAAGAGACUAUACAGUUAACCGUAGCCAUCUUCUUCUCCUUUGGUCACCAGCUGGCCAACCUCUCUAUCGAUGUUCUGGUCGACAUUGGCAAUGUGGCUUCACACAAGGCUCACAGCAUGAUGCUGCUUUACAUUCAUAUCCUCACAUCGAGGAACAGUCCGAAAAUCAGCGAAUACCUCCUCAAUGCACUCCCAAGACUUAUAAGUCAUCGCUACCUCAUAGGGCCUAUUUUGAUGUGUGUCUGGAACUCAAAUCUGCAAGAGAAAUCACUUAAACUUGUAACAGACCUCUGGAAAAAACAGGAUCGGAUAUUUCCUGAGCUUCAGAAUAAACUGGCUGAAUGCAAAGAAAGCAUUGGUCAUCUGACACCGAAAACAGGACUUGAUGACAUGCUUCUAGAGAUUGCAGUCUGUGUCCAUGAAGUCUGCUGCCAUAAACCAGAGCAGCAUGGUGAGGACAUGGUGAAGACAUUGUCCAUGGUCUUGAAAAAAGCCACCAGUCCAACGGGAGUCCCUGCUACUUGUUAUGCCCUGGACGCCUUAAUAGCCAUCACUCAAGCAGAGGUCAUCGACAUUGUCACAGCGUAUAAGAGUCUUGCAGGGCAAUUUCAAGCAGAAAAAAGACCAAUGGUUUUAUCCAAGUGGUGUGCAUUUCUUGGAUUGGUCCCAGAUUUGUAUGUGGAUUCAAAGGACUUUGAGGUAUUAACCAGGACAGUUAUCCAACACCUGUGGUAUUAUACAGAGCAUGCAGAUCACAGAGUUGUCUCAGAAGCUCUCUCAGCCUUAGCAGGAUUCAAGACAUCUUCAUUCAAUCUACGUUAUCUUCCAAAAGAGGCAACAAGAGAAAUUCUGAUGAAGAGGGCCCAAGAGAGAAAGAAGAGGGCUGAUGCAAGGGCAUCAAAGGGAGAAGAAGAGAUAGAGGAGGAAGAGGAAGACCUGUCUGUUCCUGGAAGCUGUUUCAUCAACCUGCUCUCUUGUGUCAACCAGAAGGCAACAUCGGGUAAAGAGGAUCUCCUUUAUUCCUUCCUGUGUGAUGAGCUUGACGGCCUUCCUCGAAGGUUUUACACCCAGACUUCACCAAGACGGGAAGCAACAGAGAGUCAUGUUAGCAAGCAGGUAUCGGCCAUCCCCUCGGUCAUCUCUCAGAAGAACCAACACAACAAACAGCCCGGACACAGACCCUCAUAUGCAGCUGGUUUACUGUUCAGCUUCAAACCUGGGUGUGAAAGCAGUAGAGAUGCAAAGAAAGUAAGGAGGAACAAGGCUGCUACAAGCAAAGUCUGUUUAGAUGAGCUCUCCUUAUUGCUAAAUGAGGUUCCAGUUUCUUCGCCUGAUUGGUUUUACAUCAUGCAGCUACCCAGGGCUUGGGCUUCAUUCAUGUCAACCGCACUGCUAGCUGUUAUUGAGGGAAGACGUUCAGAUGUAGAACAUGAAGCAAGUCGUAGCAGAGAUGGACCUGAUGAGGAUAAGCUACAAGAAGGUCUCUCGUCAGCUUGGCUUUGGGCUAGAGACAGACUGACUGAACAGCUAAGGACAACUGUAUUACAAAACUCUGGUGCCAAGGGUAAUGCAGUUCUUGCAUUGGCUGGGUUGGCGCAUGCUAUGAGUGCUUACGUCAUACAACUUGGAGAAGAAGCUACCAUUAGCCAGAGGGCAGCCGCCCAGUACGAAGGUCAUAAGUCAUGGACGGCUAGGGUCAUGGACUCUUUACAGGUUGCCAUGGAUACAACCUACACAGCUCAGUCAGUGUUUCGGUUUUGCCAGCAUCACUCGCGUGACCAUUCCCAGGCCACCGGUGAACAGCUUCGUUCCUGUGCAGCCCUUGCCCUUCCCUUGCUGGCCAGCCAUCUCAUGACCACGCCUACCAGUCUUGUCUCACAACUGAUUGACAGGAUAAUGUUGUUAAGCUCCUCCCAACCGUCAUCGGUGCCCAUACACCAUGGUGUUGGGAUGGGAAUGUUAUUGGCUAGGCUGUGUGUUGAGCACUUCACUGACAUGACGGGAACAGAGGGUGAGAAAAUCCUUUUCCGAUACUUCGACAAGCUGGAGAACAUGGUCUUGACUGAGAAUAACAAUCCUGAUGAUGGAGUGAUUGGCUAUACGCUGGGGUUGGGUGUCGCCCUCUCUGGUCUGACGCAUGAAAGUACUACCCAUGCUAAGGUCCAUGUCUUGAAGAUCAGAGAAGAUUUAUUGAAGAGAAUUGAAUGCCCUGGAGUCACUCCCAGUUGUCUCAUACAAGCACAAGUUUUGUCUGUUGCCUUGGUUACUGCUGCAUGUUAUCAGGUUAAUUACAUCAACCCCAAAGAAGCUUUCCUUACUGUCAAUACCCUGCAAAAUCUUGCACAAAAUAAUCUCAAGUGUAUCCCAUAUGCAGUAGGAACUGGUAUUCUGAUGUACAGCUUGACUAGACAAGGUCAUCAAGAAGUGAUUCCUCUCUACAAUAAUCAACAAGCAGUGCUACUCAGACAGCUCACAGACAAGGAAAGCAGCAUAGACCUGGUGAAGUCAUCAGUAGCUGGACUAGUGGCCCUCUUAGUAGGACCAGGUCAUCUCAUCCACACAGAACAAAGACCAGGACCUGAUCAUCGUGGGCUCAGCUCUACAGUCAAGAUGCUAUGUCAGCUAUUAUCAGACACAUCAGAUUUGAAACUUCAGCAUUCAUUGCCAUGGUUACUUGGGUAUUUGUACAUGGGAUCUACAGAUGUGAUGGAGACAAGAUCAUCUGUUCCAUCCAACUAUAGCAACCUGGAUGAAAGCAGCCUCCUGAGGGCAGCAGUGGACUUGUUGAUUAAUGCAGGGAGGCUAGGUAGUGAGGUGAUCCCUUCUCAACAUGUACUCACUGUAUUGAAAGUAUUGCAUGAAUGUUCUGCAAGCUGUAAUAAGGCAUUACCACCAAUCAAUUGGGCCGUGGUCCUCAACCCUAUUAUGAGAAACAGCACCUAUGCAAAUGGUGCAAUCUACUGUGAAUGUAUGAAGCUAGCUGUCGGACAAUGUAGAAUUGUUAGGUCAGCGGCGUUACAGAGCACAGCAAGUUUUGUAUCAUCUUGGCUGUCACCGUCUGUGUAUCGGACUAUCAAGGAAAGUUGCGAGAAAUACCUUUUCCAAUCUCUACACAUCCUUGUGAGCUGCAUACCUCUCAAAACUCUAGAAGCCUUCCUCACUGGCCAAUUGGUUUGCUUGUUUCAGCAUUCCAACACACACUUCACCCAAUGUAUUGCAGCACUGUAUGGACUGAAAUUAGCUGCUGAGGUUAAAGACCCAGCUCAAGGAGUUGUCAAUUUACUGAUCGAGACUGCUCAGAAGAUUUUUGCAAUCUUGCCGUUUGAUAAGGAGUACCAUUGCCUGCUCCUAGCCCAUUUUGCUGAAUUUAUCAAACACCUUCCUAUGGAGUUCUUAGAGGAUGUAACUAGGAUAAAGGGCAAUCUGUUGAAAGCAAGUUUUAUACGAGGAUACUUGGUCAAACAAGGUUUACAUCCUGUGCAUUGGUUGAAUGACUGUAUAGAUGAGGCGAUGAAUGUCGGGAGCAAGUCAGAGCAGUCCAUCCUUCUAUGGUUCCUGAUGAUAUCCCUUGGGCAGACACCUUCUAAGCUCCCGGUCAGAGAGAGGGAAGCAUGGCUACAACAGCUUAUGAAUCUCUUGAAGACCAUUGCUUUCGGCAGAGAAUCAACACUAUCUGACUGCUCGCGUGAACCUCGUCAGCGAAUCAACUUUUUACUAGAAGUUUUUGCCAUCUCCAUUGUUACCUGGGCAUCUCCCGAGUAUACCCACCUUUGUGGUCCCCACCCCCAUCACUAUGGCACGGAUGGAACCACCCAAGGAACUGACCAAUCAGCAGCAGCUACUGAAGGAGAAGAGGAGGAACAGUCCUCCACAGAGUUCUGUGAGAGCCCUGAUUGGCUGAAGCAAGUCAAUGAGAAUAGUCCACUUGGAUGCGGGGAGUAUGGGAAGCAGACUUUGGAGAGGGUGAAAUCGUAUUUGCCUAGUGCUUUGUGUAGACUGGUCAGCAUGGCCCCCUGGGAUGGUAUGAGAGGCAAGAUCAUUGAGUGGUUGAUCAACAUGGGUAUUGACAGCAAACCUGAGCUGGUUACAGACCCAAUGAGAAGAGAACUAAGAGAAUGCCUGUAUGCAUUGCGUCACUAUGCAGAGUUCAGAUCCAAAGCACAGUGGAUGAAAGUCUUUGACAAGUGAUGACCUCCUUGAGUCAUUAUCUUUUGGUUACCCGUUGGAUGUAAAGUCAUCUAUGAAUGAUGGUGUAAUUUUCUGGGUUGUCUCGGGUGACGUUUUUCCUGGAUAUACCAUUGUUUGUUACUGGAUGAUAGAUGCAUGGUUAGUCCUGACGUAAAAAACUGAACUCGCAAUGCAGCGGUUUCCACAGUGACCUGAUUGCCAUGUUGUCUAUUACACUCUACCCUAAAAAAGUCUCUUAUACUCAAUAACCAGGUAGAUGAGUAUUCUGUAAGUAUAGACUCUAUCCAGACAUGUAUAGAUAUCUUGGAGAGUGAUAAGAUUGUAAACUUCUAUAUCAACCGUCAUCUGAACGAUGUGACUUUCACAGAUUAUUUGUUAUAGGCUACUGAAAUCCUUGCAACUGAAUGGCUAAGAGCAAGUUUGUCAGUGAAAUCAGCGACGUUUCGUUAGACACUCGACUUGCCUCAAACAGGGUUUGGUCUAGUUAGACCGGUGGUUGGAAGUACCAAUGCUGCCUUUUUUACAGACAUUUAGACACACAUUCGAAUGGUACAAAACAGUAGGAAUACUCCCCAAGGAGUGGGGAAUGUACUCAUUGAUUUGUGGCUUUGAAAUCCAGCAAUCACAGGUAAUGAAAGGAAAUUAAGUACACAAAGUGUACUCCAUUACACUACAUGUAGGUGUCUGGACACAUUGAGUAUCAUGAAAUGCAUGAAAUAUUAAUGUCACAUGCCAAAGACAGAAGAAAGUAAAUAUGUUGUACAUGUUCUAGUAUUACAAUACCCUUGUAACAUAAUUUCAGUUUUGCAUAUUUGCAGUCAUAUAUAAUAAUGUAUUUAUUAAAUAUUGAUGGCUCUCUUUUUCGCCUGAAUUCUGGGAGUUCAUCAAGGGAUUCACAUAAGGGAUAAUAGUUGAUUAAUACAAUGAAUUUGUCAAAUAAAACCGAACAAAAAUGAACCCAAAUCAUGCCAUGUCAUAGAAAAAAGUCAUUACUGUAUUUUUGCUCUUCUACUUUUCCAUGUUCAGAAAAAUCUGUUGUUUUUCAGAACUCAGUAAACUGCUUAUAAGUGACAAAGAAGACUGUAAUAGAUCAAAUGGAGAUUUGACAAAUAGUAAGAUGAAAUAGUAAAUCCUGACAUAAGAACAAUCGGGGCCAGAAGGGUGUUUGACCUGGUGGUGUUUCAUAAAGCUGUUUAGUAAGUUACCUAUUCUUGCCUUAAUCAGGUACCACAAAGUUUUUGUGGUGUUCCAACAAGGUUGAACAGUUUCCUAGAACCCAAAUCAGUAUAAGAU